AGCUGUCAUAAUAAAAGCACAUGCACUUGACAGCGUUUGGUUGUGGUUGUAAUUUUUGAUGCCUUUAUUUUAUAAAUUUAAUGAAAAUUGCGAUUAUACGUUAUUAUUUCAAUUGUGUAAUGUUUUAAGAAUAAAAUGUGGAAACGACGGCACAAUGCUAAAGCUCGGCAAGUUGUUAAAACGAACGUUGAUAAUCGUGAAACAAAUGAGAUAAAACUUGAAUUCAAAUCUAAUGAAUAUGGAAACAAUGACACUAGCAAUAUAUUGGCAUUGCCAUCAAAGAAAAGGUCAACUAAAGUUAUUUCCGAAAAGAAAGAGAAGACCCGAUUUCUUUCUAAGGCUCAAAGAAAGCAGUUACAAAAAAUUGUAGACAAAAAGAAGAAAAAAGAAAAUAGAUCUGCUUUGCUGCAAUCCUUAGCAGAAGUGCAAGCAAGUCCCGAUGAAGUAAACCAGUUGACUACAAUAUCAGCCAUGCAGACUCUGGGCCUAAGGAGGUUGGCAGAAUAUAAGAAAGAGGAGCCAUUACAAAAUAAUGUUGUUACAGAACAAAAAAAGUUUAGCAGUAUUGCAGGGGCCAAAAAGCGCCUGAGACUACUAAGGAUGGACAAAAUGGAUGUCAAGAAGAGAAAAUAUGAUCCAAAUGUUGUGGAUUUGGAUGAAUCCUCAGAUGAAGAGACAUCAGACUCUGAAAGCGAUGAAGAUUCUCAAGUAGAAGAAAUCAGCAAUGGAGUCAAUAAAGAUGAGGUUUUGCAAAUUGAGGACAACACACAAACAGAUCCACCAGAAUCAACAGAAAAAGACUUGAGCAAUUCCAAAGCAGCGAAAAUCGAAACAAGUGUAUGCAAUAAUAGUGCAAAAGUUACUGAAGUAGUAGAAAUAAAAAAACCAUUGUUAAGUCAUCCCACAAUACACAUAGAAGUCAAAAGAGACCCAAAAAUUCAAGUCGCAAGGUUAAAAUUACCGAUUUUGGGCGAGGAACAGAGAAUAAUGGAGUUGAUUAAUGAAAAUGAAAUUCUCAUUGUAGCCGGAGAAACUGGCAGUGGUAAAACUACUCAAAUACCACAGUUUCUAUAUGAAGCUGGCUAUGCGGAACACAAAAUGAUAGCAGUGACGGAGCCUCGCAGAGUGGCGACUGUAGCUAUGUCCCAGCGUGUUGGCUACGAGCUGGGCCUGUCUAGUAAAGAAGUGUCAUAUCUGAUGAGAUUUGAAGGAAAUGUCACAAAGGAUACGAAGAUCAAAUUCAUGACUGAUGGUGUUCUCCUAAAAGAAAUCCAAACUGACUUUCUAUUGAGUAAGUAUUCAGUGGUCAUCAUUGAUGAAGCACACGAAAGGAGUGUGUAUACAGAUAUACUUCUGGGCUUAUUGUCAAGAAUAGUACCCCUGAGGCGGAAAAGGGGCAACCCUUUGCGACUAGUUGUGAUGUCGGCUACACUCAGAAUUGAGGACUUUACAGAAAAUACGAGGCUGUUUAAAACUCCUCCUCCAGUUGUUAAGGUAGAUUCACGUCAGUAUCCUGUAACGAUACAUUUCAACAAGCACACAUACAGCGACUAUUUGAAGGAGGCAUACAAGAAGACAGUCAAGAUACACACUCGUCUACCCGAUGGAGGUAUCCUUAUUUUUGUCACUGGACAGCAAGAAAUUAGCUAUCUCAUUCGUAAACUAAAAGCAGCAUUUCCGUAUCGAAAAGACGUUGACUACUCCAAGUUGAUAACCAAAAAGAAUACAGCGCUUGUGGACCCGGCUUUGGACUCCGAGCCAGACGACAUCGAGUCUGAUGAUGACGAGGUCGAAAAAGAAAUGAAAAGAAUGCGGAAAGCUAGGAGAAAAGCCCGACAGAAAACGAGAACCUUGCCUAAGAUCAAUCUCGAUGACUACAACAUGCCGGAGGACGACGGCCAGGCGGAGUUGGUGAGCGACGACGACAGCGAGGGACAUCUUAGUGACUCCGACGCAGAAGACGACGGUCUGACACCAGAGAUCAAGUCCUGUAGGCAGCCUCUAUGGGUGUUGCCUCUAUACUCUAUGCUGAGCUCAUCGAAGCAGGCGCGCGUGUUCGAGCCGCCGCCCGUCGGCGCGCGGUUAUGCGUCGUCAGUACCGACGUAGCUGAGACCUCGCUCACUAUACCGGCCAUCAAAUACGUGGUUGAUACGGGGAAGAAGAAAAUGCGUGUAUACGACGAGACGACGGGCGCGAGCGCGUGGCGCGUCGUAUGGACGUCGCAGGCGAGCGCGGGGCAGCGGGCGGGGCGCGCGGGGCGUGUCGGCGCCGGCCACGCCUACCGCCUCUACAGCAGUGCGGUUUUCGCGCACGACCACCCCCCGCACCACCCGCCAGACCUCUGCCGCCGACCAGUCGACCACCUCGUGCUCACUAUGAAGUGUAUGGGCAUAGACAAGGUGGUCAAUUUUCCUUAUCCAACUCCGCCAGACAGAUUGAAACUGCGCUUGGCUGAGAAGAGACUGGAAACACUAGGAAUACUGGAGGAGGUUGAAAAUAAUAAACGAAGAACUGAUGAUGAGGAGAUCCUGAAAGUGACGGCACUGGGUAAGGCGGUCUCAGCAUUUCCCCUCCUCCCGCGAUACGGCAAGAUGUUGGCUCUCAGUCAUCAGUUCGACCUACUGCCGUAUACUGUGGCGUUAGUCUCCGCGCUCACUGUACAGGAGGUAAUGAAAGGCAAGUGCGACAGCUGGCCGGCGACCGGCAACACGUUGCUGUUGGGCGACCCGGGCGUGUUGUUACGCGCGGUGGGCGCCGCCGAGUUCGCAUACCAGAACGGCGAAGAGGAGCUGUUCUGCGCCAAAUACGGCCUGAGAGAGAAGGCCAUAAAGGAAAUCCGGAAGCUCCGCAAACAGCUUACCUCCGAGAUAAACCUCAGCGUAUCGGGUGUAGAUGCGCGGAUAGAUCCGCAGAUGAAACCGCCGGACGACAAACAGGCGAGGCUGUUACGGCAGCUUCUGUUGAGCGGUUUGGGAGACCAGGUCGGCAGGAAGAUAGGCUUGCAGGAGGUCAAGGAAGGCGAAGACAAGCGCAAAUACAAGUACGCGUACCACUGCGGCGAGUUGGAGGAACCGGUGCACUUACACUCGGAGUCCAUCCUCCGCAAGACCAUUCCCGAGUGGGUGGUCUACCAGGAGAUAUACGAGACCGGGGCGGAGGACAGACGCAAGAUGGUGAUGAGGAAUGUGGCCGCUAUAGAACCGGAGUGGCUGCCCGUGUAUGUGCCGCAGAUGUGUAACCUUGGCGAUCCUCUUUCGGAUCCUGAGCCUCGGUACGAUGAAUCCUCGGGUCGAGUCAAGUGCCACUUCAAGGGCACAUUUGGGAAGGCUUGUUGGGAGCUACCUACGGUGGAAAUUGAUUAUCCUGACAAGAUUGAAAGAUAUAGAUGGUUCGCGAGGUUCUUACUACAGGGCGUAGUUUUCCCGAAGCUGAAAAAGUACGCGAGCUCCCUGUUGUCCCCGCCGUCCACGAUGGUCAAGAGCUGGGCGAACCUGCAGCUGAGAACUGAGUCGCUAUUGAAGGCGCUGGUAGCCCAGCGAGCCGGGAGUAAACACCAGCUGCUGAAGGUGUGGCAGGAGAAACCUAAGUAUUUACUCGAUGAAUAUCUUAAGUGGGUACCGGAUUCUACACACAAUGAGAUAUCACUGUAUUGGCCUCCUUGUAAAUAGUCAUAUUUAAUGUAAAUAAUAAUAAUUAACGAA